AAACACACAGCAAAUCUACAGAGCGAUAGCACCGGAGCAAACAGCGCACAAUACCGCAAGCAAAGCAAAGCAAAGCAAAGCAAAGCGACGCGACGCCGGAUCACUGCAAUAUACUGCAUAACGACACCCAGCGGGACCUCAGAUUGUGGAAAUGAGCUGCAACACACAAGUAUCUUCUGAAAUGGCAAACGAAAUCGCCAGUGAGAUCUUCGACUAUGAGUCAGGCUGCCCCCUGGUGGACGAGAUAAUGGAAAUUGAGCAGCCGUGGAAGCCGCAGUGCGACAGCGGUCUGGAGUUGCGGGUGUCCGGCUAUGUGCGCUCCUUGAAGCAGGCAGUCACGCUGGUCCUGGCCGUGGAGAAGCUGAAGAGACCGCAGAGGAAACCGAUCGGGUCCGAGUUUUCCGACUUAGAGCUGCUGAACAUUUUGAUGGAGCACGUGAAUGAAGAGCGCGUGAACCUGGAGGUGUUUCCCGACACAGAAAGCUUUGGGACGGAGCUGAGCCGGCGCCGCUCAGACGAGCCCCACUCGAUCUGCGACACGGAGAAGAAGUCCUGGGUGCUGAACGAGCUGAACGGGCUCCCCGCGGAGCUGACAGCAAUGGUGCUGCAGGGUCCCAACAUCUCCCAGCAAGUGACGCUGCGUCUCUCCACCUACAUACCGCAGCCCCAGCCCGGAUUGGGGCAGCCCGUGGUUCUGGGCAUCGGGAGCAAUAAUCUCUUUCUGUCCUGCAACGGCCCGGACAGCUUGCCCGCCCUGGAGCUGGAGAUGGUGCAGGAUCGGGACGGUUUGAAGACGAUCCGCAUGGGCAGCGCCACGGCCCGGUUCCUGUUUUACAAGCGAGACAGCGGCAGCACCUCCUCGUUCGAGUCGGCUCGGUUCCCCGGCUGGUUUAUCAGCACCUCUAGGAACGUGGAGCGCGUCAGAGUGACCAUGUGUAACGGGAGGACGACCGCCGGGCGCGUCACCGACUUCCAGGUGUCACGCAUUUGACGGGACAGGACAACGGAGCGACUCGCACAGACCAAACCAAGAGUUAUUUGGUUUUAAUAUAUAUACUAUAAUGUAUGUACCAAGUACAUAGUUUUUUUUUUUUUUAGAGAGACAACGGUAAAUACUUUGGAGUUCGGCUAACAAAAACAAAACACACUUCUUAUUUGAUUGAUUUUGCAAGGAGGCUUUGCCCGAAUUCAAGGGGGUUCAUUUCCAGACUCGUACAAUUUGUUUUCGGGAUGUACCAAUUUGGGAGGGAAGGAAAGGGUGUUCCAGGUAUUAACGUCAUGAAUUCAUAUUGAAUGUGAUCGUGCGUGAUGCCAUUAUAUCUUAAUAACCGUCUGGAAACAUGUUCCUAUGGACUGAUUGUUUAUAUUGUGGUUUGCUUCUAUUUAUUUAUUUAUGUAUUUAUUUAUUGUUUUUAUACUGUCUGACUCGUAUAAAAUUCUCCGGGACUCAGAAUUCCCUGCGAGUCCACACUGGGUUUGUUCUGGACAGUUU